GAUUUUCAAUCCAAACAGGAUGUGGAUACUUUCUUUUAGUCGCGUCGUUAACUUGAUAAGAAGCGCACACGCCGCCGCGCGCCACGUCCCCCGUUCGUUCCCCGUUCUUCCGCACAACGCGAGCAAUAAUGGCAACCUUGCAUUCCAAGCCAAACUUCAGCCACGCUCAGGUGGUUGAAAUGGUGACAAGACUCUUCAGCCUGACGCCAUCCGAAAUCCGCCCCCUCCCCAGCUACGAUGACCAGAACUUCUACGUGUCCUGCAUGGAGGGUGGCGAGUACGUCCUGAAGAUAAUGAACUCAGAGGACAGUAAGAACCCUUCCAUGAUCGAGGUGCAGACGUACGCCAUGUCGGUCCUGCACCAGAAUGGACUUCCUGCUCAAACAGCCCUGCGGAAUGCUGCAGGACAGCUCAUGAGCCUCGAAGAAAUGGAUUGUGGCAAUGGCGUUCGGAAGUACUUGGUGAGGCUGCUGACUUACUUGCCUGGAACCACUAUUUCCAAGGUUCCUUUAACUCCACAGUUACUUUAUGAAACUGGCAAGAUGGCAGCCAGAAUGGACCAAAUCCUACAAAAGAUGGAGCACCCUCAUCUUGGCUUGCUGGAGAGAGAGAAUUUCAUAUGGAGUCUAUCGAAUGUUCUCCAACUGGAAGCACACCUUAAUAUAUUAGAAGGAGAUCCUCUUGAAGAGGUUGUGAAGUCUGUCAUUCAUCAGUACAAGACCUCUGUGACGCCUAAACGCUCCAAUUUCCGCAAGUGCAUUAACCACGGUGACUUCAAUGACCUCAAUGUCCUCGUUCAACCCGAUGAGAGCGACGGCCACAGGAUUUCCGGCAUCCUCGACUUCGGGGACAUGAACAGCGGCUACUACAUCCACGAGCUGGCCAUCGCUAUCAUGUACAUGAUGACGGAGCACCCUGAACCCGUGGAGGUGGGUGGACCCGUGCUGGCUGGCUGGGAAAGCGUUCUCCCCCUCAAUGAGACGGAGAGGGAUUGUCUCUACGUGCUGGUGCUGUCCCGCUUCUGCCAGUCGAUGGUCUUAGCUCGUCACACUGUGAGAAUGCAUCCGGAAAAUGCAGAGUAUCUGAUGAUUUCCUCCAGGAGGGGCGUCCACAUUCUCCGUCAACUCUGGGAGCUUGGAAAGGAGCAGGUAGAGAAGGUCUGGUUCCAGAGUGCAGCUCAGUUCGGCGACAAAUUGUGAGAAAGAUGGAAGGAGAGACAGUGAUACGUUUCCAACGCACUGUCGAGGUACCAAAGAUGUCCGCAUCUCUCAUUACACAAAUUCAAAUGGAUUUGUUUGGGGAUAAAGUCAAUCCAAAAAGCUUAUUAUUAUUCUCCUUUUUUUAAAUAAAAGACAAUUAUUGCAGCUGUUUAAAACAAUUUGUUUCAGCUGUCUUUUAAUAUCAUUCUUGGACAGCUAAAUAUUUGAAGUCGGCAUUUCCACUUUUGAUAAUUUAGAGAGUAAUUAUCCCACCUCAGUCAAGGGUAAUGCUCAUCACAAUACACAUAAGCAAUCAGCAUCACGUUUAAUUAUCUAAAAGGGUUUUAGUCUUACAUAUCACAACAUUAUUUCUUUCACAUAAAAUCUCACACUAUUUGUAAUGUCAACUUAACGGUAAAGUGUUUUUCUUCCAGUUAACAAUAUCUAAUCAUAAGUGCUUCUAUGUUGGCUGAAUGUUAAAGUAUUAAUCCAACUUACUCUGAUCUGAUGAUUCUCCAUCAGCAUUUGAUUGUAGGUCAAAUGCUGAUUGUAGGUGUUCACUUUUCAGAUAUUGCAAUAAUAGUAAUUUAUAGAGAGACAUCCUGGUCGAUAAAAGGCCUUACAGAAACCGAAGGGCUAACAUGUAAGUGUUGACUUGAAGAAAUAGUAAUUAUUUAUUCAAUUGUAAAUGAUUAGUUGUCUACUAUGUAUGUCUAGGAGGUUAAAGAAGCAAUAUAUAUGGGAGGUGACAGCAAAAGGGCUCUUUUUGCUUUGUAUGAUUUAAACUUUUAAAAUUUUAAAAUGAUUUACAUUUCAUCAUUUAUUUUCCUUUUUUUUGUACACAGUCCAUUUUUGUAACAUUUUAUCUUCUUUUGAUUGCAAAACCCUAAUAAAAUGGUUUGUAUUUUGUACAUUCCAAAAAGUCCA